AUGCUCCUAAACGCAGGAAUUUUGACAAAAGAAUAUCGCGUAGCCGAGGACAAUGAGUCGACUAUCACGGUCAGUGUUAUUUCCACCUUCUUAAUUGUCGUAUUGAUGCCGAAAUUGAAAAAAACUGCAAAGUACUUCAAUACAACGCCACAUAUGACGAUUGUAUCCUCUGAUCUGCACUUUCUUAGUGACUUUUCGGAAUGGCAAAUUGAUGACAUAUUUACAACUUUGAAUGGUAAGAAAACAGCUCAUAUGGAUGAUAGAUACAACGUGUCGAAGCUCAUGGAGAUCCUGAUCGUCUGUCAUUUCGUAUCUCUAUACGGCGCAGACUACCCCGUUGUCUUCAACACCCUGCAUCCAGGUUGGAGUCAAUCGAAUCUUUCAGACGAAAUCGUCACUCCUUUCCUCAAGAAGCUGGGAAAUUGUAUGGGAAGGAUAACUGAAGAAGGUGCGAAAAGUUUGGUACUUGCCACUACAUUUGGCAAAGAAUCCCACGGAAAAUAUGUUGGAAACGGGGGACAUUUAUCGGAAUCGUCUUAUGUAACAAGUAAAGAUGGUGCUGCAGCUUGCGACAAAUUGUGGACUCAGUUGUCCAGCAAAUCGGAGAAGAUUCGCCCAAACGUUAUGUAG